AUGCUUCAAGCAAGCUCUUCCACUCGUUCCCAGCCCACCCAAUUCAUCCUCCCCGACCUUGUCAGCCACUGCACCUUCCCGCUCACCUACCACCCCGACGGCGACGCCGUAGCCGCCGAGUCCGUCCGGUGGCUCGACGAGGGCUGCCCGGAGCUCUCGCCCAAGGCGCGCACCGCGCUCUACGGGCUGCAGGCGGGCGAGCUCACCGCGUACUGCUACCCGCACUGCUCCGCGCCGCGGCUGCGGGUCGUGAGCGACUUCAUGAACUACCUCUUCCACCUCGACAACAUCUCGGACGGCAUGAUGCGCAGCGGGACGGAGGCGCUGUCCGACGUCGUCAUGAACGCGCUCUGGCUCCCCGACCGCUACGUGCCCACCGCGCGCCAGCCGGCGGCGGAAGCGAGUGCCGGCACGAUGGCCCGCGACUACUGGACGCGCUGCAUACGCGACGCGAAGCCGGGUCCACAAGCACGGUUCAAGGAGACACUCGAGCUCUUCUUCGAGGCCGUGCAUCAGCAGGCGAUGGACCGCGACGCUGGUAUCAUCCCAGACCUCGAGUCGUACAUAAGCGUUCGUCGGGACACUAGCGGCUGCAAGCCGGUGUUCGACUUGAUCGAGUAUGCCAUGGACAUCGACCUGCCCGACUUUGUCGUGGAACACCCGGUCAUCAAGGCGCUGAACCAGGGCGCGAACGAUCUUGUCACGUGGAGCAAUGACAUCUUCUCGUACAACGUCGAGCAGUCUCGCGGCGACACGCACAACAUGAUCGCCAUCCUCAUGAACCUCCGUGGGCUCGACCUGCAGAGCGCCGUCGACUUCGUUGGCGACCUCUGCAAGCAGACCAUCGACGUGUUCGUCGAAAACCAGCGCUCGCUGCCCUCGUUCGGGCCCGAGCUAGACCGCGACGUCGCGAUGUACGUCCAGGGCCUGCAGGACUGGCUCGUCGGCUCGCUGCACUGGAGCUUCAUGACGAAGCGCUACUUCGGGGACGCGGGCGCGGACGUCAAGCAGCACCGCAUCGUGAAGCUUCUCCCGCGCCGCGGCGAUCGCGCCCAGGUGCAUGCGCAGGUGCAGGUGCCCGAAGUCGCAGCGGCAGCCCCAUCCCGGGAUUCGGUCCCGGCUCCCCCUCGGAAGAAGGCACAGAAAACGUUCGCUUUCCACUCGCUGUUCACGUACAUCCCGAUCCUCGCGUUCUUCAUGCUAGGCGUACCGUCUCUCCUUCACGUUUUUAGCCGCAGAUAUGCCGGCAUCUUCACUCGUUGACCUCUCUCGGCUCUCGCUGCACAUAUACAUAUUGCAUAGUAAUAGGAAACCGCGGACACGGAUUGUAAACGUACUUAAUUAGCAUGUGUCUGUACACGCUGCUCCAUAGAAAGCUAAUUCGAUGUUGACAUCGUAC